AUGAAUCCGCCAGAACCCCUCGGCGAGGGCGAGCUGAACUCUGCUCGUUCCGAGCUACGCUUCCUCGAGCGUCUGCGCGCCAUGGAACUGUAUGAACAAGCUGGAACCGACGUCGACACAGUGCCCUUCCAGAGCGCAUUCUCGAAGGUCGUCGAAUCGCGUCGCAUACUGCUCAAGAUCAUGGCUCUCGCUCGCUCGGUGUACGCUCAUCCUAGCCUUGUGGACGACACUAUCGAGCAGGUGAAGUACGAACCCGCAGCGAUAAAUUCGGCUGCCAUGGCAGACCGCUACAAAGGUUUGUCCAUAGAGUGAUUUAUGGUGUUAACCAUCAAACACGAUCAACUGACCAGCUUCACAUUCUUCCCCCGCAGCUGCGGACAUCAAGGAUGCUUUGGAGGCCCAACAGGAAGGAAAGGUGAGCAUAGGCAGCGUGUAUGAUUCUGAGGAUGACUUUCACCAACCUUUCCUCCAAGUAUUCUUGGUGAUCAGUCAAUUUACCUCCUAGCUCGUAUCAUCUCGAGACCUCAUCGCAAUGAGGGCGAUGUCGCGUUCGCUUUCGAGGACCAGUCUGGCGCAGCGGCGAUGAUGCGUGUCUCGAGUUGGCCUUUGGGGCCAACCGCAACGGGACCCGAGCUCGACCUCCUCUUCCCGCUCGGCCAGCUCGUUGCAAUCAAGCAGCUUCGCAGAUUUUUCAGACCCAAUGAGACUUACUUCAUCUGCCCUAGUCCCACCGACGUCGUGAUGCUCGAGCUUUCCCAUCCACUAGUGCGUGGCAGUGCAACUUCGUGGAGCGGCCCCGCUCCCGGUCCGGUUCCGAGCCUGAACGACGACUACAAGGCUCUCGGCAAUGCCGCGUUCGCUCGCAAGCAAUGGCGUGGUGCUAUCAAGCUCUAUUCGACUGGAAUCGAUCUCAUCACGCAUGCGAACCCAGCUGAGCCCAUCGAGCGCCUCGUCUUGCUGCACAACAAUCGCUGCGCGGCCCACCUCAAGGUCGACAACCUGCGUCAGGCGCACCAGGAUGCGCUCAAGGUCAUCGAGCUGGUCGACAACGUGACGCCCGAGGCUCAGCUCGAGAUCGGCCCAAACACCAUCCAGGACUGGCUCGAGAAGGCGUGGCGUCGACGGGCCGUCGCCGAAGAGCGAGCCGACAACCUCAAGCUCGCGCUCGCAUCGUACAAGCAAGUACUGGCUUUCGGUCGGUCGCUCAAGGUCGAGGCUCAACAAGGCAUUGCGCGCGUCGAGCUGAUGCUCGAGCAGAGUCGCACGGGCAAGCAUUACCCUUGGCUCGAGCUCUACGAGCGAUCGCUCAAGCCCGAGGAGGAUCCUCGCAUGCCUGUCGGCAACUACAUCGGCCCGAUCCGCGUGGUCGACAAGGUCGAGGGUCGAGGCAUUCGCGGCGUGAUCGCCACGAGCGAUAUUCAAGUCGGAGAGCUCAUCCUGGCCGAGAAAGCUUUCGCAUCGGGGCAUGCUGUUUCAAGCUUCUCCAAGGACAGAAUCAGUCUAUUUCGACAUCAAAAGAAUCUCUUUCAUAACGUGUUCAUAUCAAGGCUAAUUGACGACCCCACCUUGAUCGAGACGCUGGCUCUUCUUCAUCACGGUCGCGACGCAGAGACGGCGGCCCAUUCUGCGACCCCCGGCUCGCAAAGCUUUCAUGCGGACUUUCGCAAGCCAUACACCCCUGUUGGCGACGAUUUCUGCCUCGAUAUCAAUUCAGCCGACCUUCUGAUCGCUCAGAUUUCGCAAGUGGCAAACUCCUGGAACUCCCGCCGGUGCUUCCCGGUCUGCUUAACCGAUUCGCUGACGAGUGAUUCUGCAUCGCUGGACAGAUCAUGUGGCUUUCAAGUCGUGCGUGGACCGGAGGUCAUCUUCCCGCCGAGGCCAAUCAUGCCUGAAAAAGAAGCAGAACGCCUUGGCACUUUGAUGGUAGGAGGGUGCCCGUAUCUCUCCCUCGUCAAUCACGCGUGCUUUCCGAACGUCACAGUCGCUGCACGAUUCGGAGACCUCACUUUCGUACGCGCUCGCGAGUUCAUUCCGGCCGGGGCGGAGAUCACGAUGACCGGAUCGGCUACGGACUACAAACAUGCUACGCGUGAACGUUUGAGGGAGAAAGCUGAAGAGAGUGGUGUGGGAGAAUGUGGAUGUCGGUGCUGCGUCGACGACAAGCUGGACGGUGCCUCCCGACUCAAUCUUCGCAAAGGGCUAUUCGACAUCGCUAGCAUGGCCCACCUCUGCGAGGACCUCUGGGGGCCUCUCGAACUUGACACCAGAGUCAAGAGACUUCACAAGUUCGUGAAUGCCGUCGAAGCAACCUACAGGCCUGGCCAUAGUCUUGUGCGACCCGAGCUCGCCGAACCCUUGUGGGAGCUCGCAGGGGCCACGUUCGUGCAACACACUACGGUGGUUGCUGGUCGGCUAACCCAUCGUCUACCGCACUCGCCUUCGACGCCUUCGACCAUUUUCCCGCUUUCCGUCCUCAUCCUUCUCAAAAGGGCGAUGGUCGCGAUGGGAUGCCAGAUGACUCUAACUUACCCCGCCGCCGAGGAGAUGGACCCACUUCGCGAGGACGCGCAGUGGUCGAGCAACAGCAAGAUCCAAGUCCAGUCCUUGGGCAUUUCUUCGGACGUCACCACGCUUCUGUGCCUCUGCUUACACAUGUUCACGACUAUGCGGGGAGACUCGCAUGCUGAUGAGUCCCGAGCAUGGCUGCAAGCUGCCGUCGAAGUCGAAAACUUGACGUUCGGCACUCGCGGGGUCGAAUUUUUUAAGAAGAGGUGGGAGAACGCGCCCAUGCUACGUCGGCCUGAGGUCAUGCAACAUCUCCAAGUCCUGGCGCGCCAAGAUCCGAUCACCACCGGCAAUACGCACCGUGGUGGAGGAUCCUCAAGGGGUAGGCGAGGUCGAUGA